AAAAGGUCGCGAAAGGCAGCCAACCACAUAGCCCCUUCGCAGCAGUCACUCCCGCGGCGGCGGCGGCGGCGGCAGCUACCACGACACCGUAUGUCACUUCGACUCCUCGCAAGCAACCUUCGUGAUGAUAUGUCUCGCGCAAAUUGAAAUGAAGGAUAAAUUAGAGGCCCAGGGUCUGAAACACAGACUCCGAGCCUUGUAGUACUCGCUGAUUUCCAGUCGCUCGGGCACAUCCACUUCGGGCUUGCUCAGCCGCCCGAGCUAAGGCCCUCAUAAAGGCAGCCCUGAAUUAAUGCUGCCCGCUUCUCAAUCAUAUGUACUCUGUUUCUUCAUAUCCUGCUACAUCUCGAUCCGAUGACCUCGUCAUCGACGUCCCGCCGUCCUCGGCCGAGACGGUAUCGCCUCUCGAGGAGAAAGAAAGUGCACUGCUGCACCAUGAGCUGACAAUGCCGCGCAAGAUCUUGAUCAUGGCGUCCCUUGUCGGGACACAGCUUGUACAGACAAUUGCAUUCGGCGGCGGCCUCGAAGCUGGCCUGGUCAUCCCCCCAAGGCUAGGCGUGUCCUCUCCUGGAGCAACUGCAUGGAUAGCAGCUUCUUAUCCACUUACACAGGGCGCCUUUAUUCUUCCCGGCGGACAGCUCGGCGCAAUCUACGGUCACUACAACAUGCUUCUCAUCGGCGCCAUAAUCUGGGUCGCCUUCACGCUCGGGAGCGGCUUUGCGCCGACGUUUGUCUCGCUCUGUGUGCUCCGUGGGUGCGCAGGACUUGGCGGCGGGAUCAUGGUUCCGAACUGCGUUGCUCUUCUCUGCAUCACCUUCCCGCCUGGCGCGAUGCGCAACAUCGCACUUGGCCUCUUUGGAGCCGCCGCGCCCAUUGGCGCCGCCGGAGGUGGCGCCCUCUGUGGGCUCAUCAUUCAGUUCGCGCCAUGGAAGUGGAUGUUUUUCUUCCUGACCUUACUAGGUGUCGCUGUCUUCGGGGUAGCGUUCAUCUCCACUCCAAGGGACGAGUCUCUUGCACCUGAUGACGAGGUCGAUGUUGUUGGUAGCGCACUUGGUGUCUGUGCGCUCUUCCUAUUCAACUUUAUUUGGAACCAAGCGACCGUCGUCGGAUGGGAGAGGAUAUACGAAUACGUCCUUCUCAUUAUUUCAAUCCUAUGUGCCGUCGCUUUUGUCAUCUGGGAAGCCCGUUUCGCCCGAGAUCCCAUCCUUCCGCUCGGGAUAUGGACCCGACCGUCGUUUGGAGCCAUCGUCGGUGUCGUCUUCCUCUCACUCAUGGGCUUCGCUAUCUUCGUGUGGUACCUUAUGUCUUGGGAGUACAAUAUCCGCAGGUAUACGCCGACGGCAACGGGCGCGUCACUCGCCCCAUUCAUCCUCGUCUCGGGCGUGGGGGCAGUUGUCGGUGCGCUGCUCGUCGCGCGCAUUCGUAUCGAGUACAUCAUGGCCCUCGGAAUCGCGUCGAUCCUCGUUGCGAAUAUAAUCGCUGCCACGAUGCCAACGCACCAGGUAUACUGGGCGCAAGCCUUCCCUGCGGCCAUUGUCGCUGGCGCCGGCCCCGACCUGCUCGUCACUGCAGCGCAAAUCAUUGCCGCCAACUCCGUGCGCCGUGCUGAGCAGGGCGUCGCGGGAUCGCUCAUCGGUGUUAUGCAGACGUACGGGCUGUCAACCGGCCUUGGCUUCGCGGGUACCGUCGAGACGCACGUCAAUGAUAGCGGACGCAACCCCGUCAAGGGAUAUCGUGGAGCGCUGUUCCUGGGCAUUGGGUUCUCUGCCCUAGCCUUGAUCAUCAAUAUUCUCUUUGUGCGCAUGCCAGCAGAUACGAAGGAGGGCUGGAAUGAGGAUGAUUUGAAGCGGCGGGAGAGCAAAUUUUCGGAGCAGGUCCCUCCUGAGAAGGUCGGAAAGCUAGAAAUAUAGAUCAUCCAGGCCUUUCACACUCUGCCAAAAAAUAAUAGACUGUAUA